AGCGCGCAGCUGCCCAGCAGAAAGCGUAGCCCAGCAAUCUCUCCGGUAUGCCUGUCCGCGUCGGAUGAUUGGCUGAACGUGUCGACCGCACUGCGCAGCCGCAGAAGGAGGAAGGUGUUCGUCGCGUAGUGGCAACGAACGCGCGGGGUUGGAGUUGAGCUGAGGAGGAGGACGAUGGAUGAGCUCCAGUCUGCCGAGGAGACUGCAUUUGUUGUGGACGAAGUAAGCAACAUUAUAAAAGAGGCCAUAGAAGGGACAAUAGGUGGCAAUGCAUAUCUGCACAGCAAAGUGAACCAAUGGACUACAACUGUUGUAGAGCAGAUUUUAAGUCAGUUGACAAAACUGGGGAAACCAUUCAAAUAUGUUGUGACCUGUGUGAUUAUGCAAAAAAAUGGUGCUGGACUUCACACUGCAAACUCUUGUUUCUGGGACAAUACUGCUGAUGGAGCCUGCACGGUGAGAUGGGAGAACAAGACUAUGUACUGUAUUGUCAGUGCCUUUGGACUUGCAAUAUAAUUGCCUUGAAAUUCUUCAGACCUUGUCAUUGCUUUAAGUCCACUAAAACUGUGAAUUCAGUGAAUAACUAAGAAUUUCUUAUUCCUUCUGAUGAAAAAACAGGAGAGAAAUUUCAGUGCUGUUAUGUAAACUUUAUUCCUUGUUCACAUCCAAAUUCUGUCUUAACACUUUAAGGACUCUUUCUCAAGGUGCUAAAACCUGAAACUUGCUGCAGUUCUAUAGCUUUACUCCAGCCUGUGUGGAUAAGACUGAUUUUCACUCUAGUUUCGUUUGUUAUUAAAUUAUUGAAGCUCUGAAUAUGUGUAUGUGCAUUUCUAAAACUUGCAGAUGUAGAAAUGAGGAUAAUGUCAUGAUCUCAGCCGGUGGAAACAAAUGUCUGACCUUGGCUAGUCUUGGAAGCUAAGCAGACUCAGGCCAGGUUAGUAUUCGGAGUCCUCCAGGGAAGUCCAUAUGAUUUUAAAAAUAUCCCAUCUUUUUCAAAAAAAAAAUGCUACCAGUGUGUCCAUAUGAAUCAGGAACUGAGUUUAAUUUGAAGGUAUCUUUACCCUCCUAGCUUUUAACAGUCUGGUACUAUUAAUGUUGAGAUUCUGAAAGAGUAUCAAUUAUUUCUAAUCUCAUUAGCUUCCUGGGUAUUUUGUUUUGACUGCAAUUCCCCUUUACAGCAUGGGACAAAUCAAAGAAAGACUAAUUGACAUUGAUACAGAAGUUCAGUAUAAAAUUUUAUUAUGAACAGAUUGAAUUUCAUGAUUUUUGUUAUGCACUAUCUCUAGUAUUUACUGAAAAGCUUUUAUAUUACAUUGAAUGGUUAUUUUUAUGCUGUGGGAAAAUUCUGUCUCAUGUUCCAAAACUCAUAAUAAUUACAAACAGCAGAUUCCCUGAAGCACGGAGAUUACACAUUACAAUAAACCAUGCAUAUCCCUUCCCCAAGCAAAACUAAAUUUACAAAUGUACUCAUUAACAUAAACAUCCAUUUUGAAAAAGCACAACCA